AUGCAUUCAAAGAUGGAAGACGAAUCGUACCGUGUGCUCAGCAUUCAGUCUCACAUGGUCUCGGGCUAUUGUGGCAAUAAAGCGGCUGUUUUUCCUUUGCAAACCCUCGGUUUUGAUGUCGACAUUCUCAACACAGUGCAAUUCUCGAAUCAUACAGGUUAUCCAUCAUGGACGGGUGGUCGAUUGAAUGAGAAGGAUGUACAAGAACUAUUUGAUGGCUUGGAGCGAAAUGGAUUGACGGAUGCCUAUACCCAUAUCCUUACUGGUUACAUUGGCAACUAUGCUAUUCUUGAAACCAUUGAGCAUUUCGUACAAAAACUCAAGGCCACCAACCCCGAUCUCGUAUAUGUGUGUGAUCCUGUCAUGGGAGAUUGGGGUCGUCUUUAUGUUGCACAAGAAAUUGUCCCUUUAUAUCGUAACAUUAUGCGGAUUUCAGACGUUGCUACACCCAACCAAUUUGAGGCAGAAGUGCUUACCGAUAUCAAGAUUGAUUCACUUGCCACGGCUCGUCAAGCCGCUCAAAAAUUGCAUGAAUUUGGUGUGCCCAAUGUGGUGAUCACGACAUUGAAAUUGCCUAUUGUUGAUGUGCCGGAGGACAUUUUAUUGCCUGGUGCCACUGACAACUCGUUGUAUUGCUUCACAAGCCAAGCUGGAUCGACUCAGCAUUUGAUUUCUUUUCCUACUUAUCGUGGCUAUUUUACCGGCACUGGUGAUAUGUUUUCAGCUCUUGUGGUUGCACGCUACCAAGAACAACCUAAAUCAUCCCCUACUGCUUUGGCCGAUGCCGUGAAGCGUGUUGUAUCCACCGUGAAUGCACUCACUCGACGUACGUGGGAACAUCAAAAGAAGCAUCUCCCCAUGGUGAGCAAUGGUGCUGUGGAAGAGCUUGACGGCCGUCCAAGCGAUCCAGCUUUGGUUUAUACCUGUGAGUUGCAAAUGGUCAAGGGCAAAGCAGAGAUUGAAAACCCGGAUUUGGUUGGCAAGAAUGUUAUCAAGAUGACACAAUUGUAA